AUGAAUUCUGCAGGAGAGUUGGAAGCAAUUCCAAUCAAAGAUACACCAGCAAAUAAUGAUGAAGUGGUCAUCAUUUACUCGAAUACGAAUGAACGACGUGGAUGGGAUAAGAAAGUCGAAUUUUUGAUGACAUGUAUUGGUUAUGCUGUGGGUCUGGGAAAUGUUUGGAGAUUUCCUUAUUUAUGUUUUAAAAAUGGUGGGGGUGCAUUCUUAAUUCCCUAUACAUGUAUGCUAACAUUCCUUGGAUUACCGUUGUUUUUUCUGGAACUGGCUUUUGGUCAAUUCGCCAGCCUAGGUCCUAUAUCCGUGUGGAAUAUUAGUCCUUUGUUUAAAGGUAUUGGUCAUGCUAUGGUACUUUUGUCAUGGUUAGUAAAUGUAUACUAUCAAAUUAUAGUGGUACACUGCUUCUAUUACUUUUGUGUCAGUUUUACAAAUACACUACCUUGGACAGAUUGUGAUCCAUCAUGGAGCAGUCCUCGAUGUGUUGACCACCAUAACGCGCAUUUUACCAACAUUACAAAUCCAACAUCCCCAUCAGAAGAAUAUUAUAGCAAUCGAGUUCUACAAAUAUCCUCUGGUUUUGAUGAUUUUGGUCUACCGAAUUGGGAAUUAGCACUGCUACUUUUAUGUUCUUGGGGUAUAUGUGCACUUGCUGUUAUAAAAGGGGUCCAGUCGCUGGGUAAAGUCUCUUACUUUACUGGUUUAUUUCCAUAUGUCAUGCUAACUAUUCUACUUGUACGAGGUGCGUUAUUACCGGGUUCUGGAACUGGUGUACUUUACUAUCUGACGCCGGAUUUUUCACGGUUAGCAGAUCCAAAAGUGUGGUCAGACGCAGCUACGCAAAUUUUUUUCUCUCUUGGCUGCUGCAAUGGUGGUUUGAUUACGGUUUCAAGCUAUAAUAAAUUCAAGAAUAACUGUUGCAGAGACGCUGUCAUAGUUGCCGUGAUCAAUUGCUUAACCUCUGUAUAUGCUGGUUUUAUUAUAUUCGCAAACUUAGGCUUUAUGGCCUACAAAAAGAAUACUACAGUUGCUGCAGUUGCAUCUGGGGGUCCUGGACUUGCCUUCGUCGUCUACCCUGAAGCAAUCACAAAUAUGCCAUUUUCGAGCUUCUGGUCUGUACUAUUCUUCCUGAUGAUGAUGACAUUAGGUUUCGGCUCACAGUUUUCCAUUUUGGAGACAACACUUUCUGGUGUGCAAGAUGAACUGAGAAGAUACGGAUUUCAGUUAACAGAGAAACGUAAAAUUAUUUUUCGUAGGAUCCUGUUAUUCAUUCAUAAAUUUUUAAUUGAUUUUAUAGUAUUGAAAUGA